AUGUCUUCCUCCCAAGGUGUUAAGAAGAAUUCCGACGUCGAGAUGGGCGAGGCCACUUCUCCGGCUCCGGUUCUAACUUCUCCGACGGAAGCGCCGGCUUGUGUUGCCGACCUUUCUAAUUUUUGGCAGAGGGAAACACAAACCUCUACUGAUGAAACGCCACCCAAAACUAAUCAAGGAGAAGGAAAACCAGAUGAUGAGAUUGUGAUUGAGUCACCUGCUGCUCAGACUCAAGUUUUGCAAAAAGAAACACUGGAAAUGAAUGAGACACCUUCUUCUCCAAUAUCUCCAAAGAGUAUUGAGGCUCAAGUUUUUACUCCAAUUCAGAAACAGCAGACGGUAACAGAGGAAACGUAUGAGGCUACACAGCCAUUGACUGAGAUCAUUUCAGCAAACAAUAAAAAGGAGGAUACACAUGCUGUGCAUUACAGACCUUCCUCUCCAUUGUCUUCACUAAUUGCACUAGUUAUUGAAGAAAAUAAGAAUGCUUUGAGUGAGACAGAAACUGCGACCCAAUAUUUUUCUACAAGUGAAGGAGAGCAUUCACAAUCAAGCAGAAAGAAUCAAGCGGAAGAAUAUCUCAAGGAUACUACAGAACCUACUACUGAGCUAGUUUCCACAGAUGUUUCGAAGACACAGCCUCUUACUCCGCAAACACAGCACCUUCAGACAAGUGAGGGAGAUCAAUCCGAUGAGACACCAUCAGAGCAGAAUCAAGCAGAAGAAAAUCUCAAGGAUACUACAGAACCUACUACUGAGCUAGUUUCCACAUAUGUUUCGAAGAUGCCGCCUAUUACUCAGCAAACAGAGCAUCUUCAGACAAGUGCUAUAGAUUUUUCAGAAAAAACGAGGUAUGCAUCGAGUAUAUUUGAUCUUUAAUUAUUAUUCUAACAAUUUAAAACCGCUGAUGUUACUGAAUCUUCAUUUUUAAUAGGUUGAAGUAAGCAGGCUUCUAGCUCACUUUCAAAUAGGCGCAGAGGUUGAAAUUUUGUCUACUGAUGACGAAAUAUGGUAUCCAGGAAAGGUUGUUGAUCUUAAACUGUGUGAAGGACUAGAGGAGCUGACAGUUGAGUACACGACACUCUUCACAGACCAACAUAGACUUCAGAAACUUCAGGAUACUAUCACGGCUGACAAAAUACGUCCUGCAACACCAACUAGUGACCAAAAAUCCUUUGAGAUGAUGGAUAAGGUAGAAGCCUUCUACAACAAUGGCUGGAGCAGCGGACAAAUUAGCAUGGUACUUGGUGAUAACACAUACUCGGUGUGUCUCUAUACUUCUAUGGAAACUAUUCUAUUCAAACAUUCAGAUUUGCGAAUUCAUAGAGAAUGGAAAGAUGGAGUCUGGAAGAUGGCAGAUAAGGUAAAUCAUAACUAGAAUUAUACUUCACGUGAAUUGUUUGAUAUACAUACAUUUUAGUUUCAGGAAUGGUUUCCAGAAAUUCCGAUUGCAACAAAUUUGAUAAUAUUUUGCUUGGUGUCUAUUGUUUGAUUAAAGGUGAAGCCUGAUAAGAAAAGGAAAGCUGCUGCCUCAUCACAAAAUUCAGGAAUGGAUAAUGUUUUCCUAAGAAGGAGCGAGAGGGUGCCUAAACGAUCUAGAGACACAAAAACUCCAUUCAAGUCUGACAGAAAUCCGGCUUUAACUGUAAUACCUGAGAUUAUACCUGCAGUUGAUCCGUUUUCAACUCCUGCGGAACAUAAGCUUUCAAGGCUUCAAAAUUGGAUGACAUUAAAGCCCGGCAUGCAUGAAACGUAAGCAUGUUUCUGUCCUUGUCUAUAUAUUCUUAUAUUUAUGUAUAAGAGGUUUGGUAAUUCCUUUGAAUCUUUAAUCGACUGCAGGUCCCUAUCAAUCAAUGAUAAUAAGAUAAGGAAAUCUUUCUUUCAAAGCAUGGAAAAUGCAAAAAAGGA